CUCGAUUUACCAGCCGUAGAUGUUUGUAGGAAGUCAUGUGAGGCGGGAUAUAUGGCGGCUGUGGUCAAUUUUUUACAUUGAAAAACACUGCGAUCUGCUUCUGUCAUCACUGGCGAGGAAAUAAUUAUCUGGUUUAUGUUCUGUACAGAAACAAUCGUUUCCCCCGGAUCAUCGGCUCUAAAGUAUUUAAGUUAUAGAGGGCUUUUAUUCUGCUUUGGCUGUAACUGCUCAUCAUCAUCUGCUCCCCGCUUCCAGUUUAGUGUCGCAGACAGCAGGUCCUGUUAUUUUAUAAGUGAUGCUUGAGAUGAGAUUCUGACUCGGAAACAGAUUUUAGGGCGCCGUUUUUGUUUGUAACAAUACAAGCGUGUGAUGACGAAAAUCUCUUAGAUUAAAUAUUAACACAUGUAUUCCGUCAUACACUAACCGAACUGUCAUCUAAUGAGACAUUCUCUUUAUUCACCCACGAGCUGUAUUCAAAGACCAGUUUUAACUCUUAUAGUUGUCUCUUAUGCGUAAGUUAAGUUUUUUUCCUGAAAUACUUGGAAAAAAUGAACACAGAAAAGGAUUUUUCUCCACUGACACCAAACAUUGUGAGAGCCCUCAACGACAAACUGUACGAGAAGAGGAAGGUGGCAGCUCUUGAGAUUGAAAAGCUUGUACGGGAAUUUGUAGCCCAGAACAACUCUGCACAGAUCAGACAUGUCAUACAGAUAUUGGCCACAGAGUUUGCGCUGUCCCAGCACCCUCACAGCCGAAAAGGAGGCCUCAUUGGACUGGCGGCAUGCUCUAUUGCCCUGGGAAAAGAUUCUGGAUUGUACCUGAAGGAACUCAUUGAUCCUGUUCUUACCUGUUUUAAUGACUCUGACAGCCGUCUGCGUUACUAUGCCUGUGAAGCCCUUUACAAUAUAGUGAAGGUUGCCAGAGGAGCAGUGCUGCCCCACUUCAAUGUGCUGUUCGAUGGGCUUAGCAAGGUAAGCUGA